GGCACGCGCGCCAGGCCGCGCACCGCGCCGUGCAUGGCGCAUGGGCGAUCUGAGUGACGCGGCGUUGGGCCGGAGCGUCCUGACCACAGUCGGGGCGUUGUUUCUGCUGUUCCUACUCUGGGUCAACAGUUACUCCUUUAUUGACGAAGAACUAAUCAUUCACGCGUGGUUGCCGAAUCCACAGUGGGUGCUUUUAUUUUGCGCUGUCUGGGGGCUCUGUUUCAUCGGCGGCCUCAUGGCCUACACUCUCUACCACUUGCGGCCCUACCUCUAAUCGUCAAACACCUAAAACUCACGCAAAUAUGCACUAAAUCGAAAUAUAUAACCAUGGAGAUUGUAAAUAGAGAUCAAUGGAUCGUGAUCGGGAUUUCGGGCGUCACCUGCGGUGGAAAAACUACGCUCGCUAACAAGCUCGCUCAAACUCUAACGCCGGUGUAUAUGUUCAACCAAGACACUUAUUUCUAUCCGGAUGACAGUCCACACCACGUACGCGUCGAGGGCAUGGAACACAACAACUACGACAUACUGUCGUCGCUGGAUAUGAAGAGCAUGCACGCGGACAUACUGGCGACGAUGCGCGGCGAGGACAAGGCGCAGUACAGCGCGACCGAGCGCGGCGCCCGCCUCGCGGCGGACGGGAAGAAGUUCCUCAUCGCCGAGGGGUUCACCGUGCUCAACUAUAAGCCGAUCCUGGACCUAUGCGACUUGAAGUACUACUUCGUGUUGGAGUUCGGUGAGUGUUUCGCGCGGCGCUCGCUGCGGCUGUACGACCCGCCCGACGUGCCCGGCUACUUCGAGCGCUGCGUGUGGCCCGAGCACUUGAAGUACCGAGCUGAGAUCGAGCGCAACUCUUCGAUACAGCUGUUGGACGGCAAGGUGCCGGACCCGAUACGGAUCGUGCUCGAGGACCUGCAGCGGUUCGGCGUGUCCGCCUCCUAGCGCGACCUCGCCACCACGUAUACAGUCAAUCCGUAUUGUUAUAUGGACAAAUUUUAUGUAAGCUGUUCACUAUGUUAUAUUAGGAUUUUUUUUUGUUAUUUCUAUUGAGAAUCACAAGCUUUAUGGUACGGCACUGUUUGACGGUAACGAAAUCAAUGGAACGAAAAAUUUAUGAAUAUUUUGGGAUUCUGACUAGAAAUACCGCAACACUUCCAAAAUAAAAAAGUGCUUAUAUAAUGAGUGUUCGGCAAACGACGGUCCUAAAUUCUAAUACGAGCUAUAUUUAGUUGGGUGGAAAAAUAUCGCGAAAAAUUAAUUGAGAGCCAGUUUUAUCUGCCACUGGGAUCAAUGUUAGGUAUUUGUUUAAUCAGGACUGUUUUUUUAUGAUUAUACAUAUAAGAAUAUUUUCUAAGCACCGUUAAUGGUGGUCUUUUGUGUAGUUGGUGGAUCUUGAGUGACUAAUGUGUCCAUCAAAUGAUAAGCCCCUUAGAUAAAUAAUUAAAUGCUAUAAAGAAACGUUACUGCCCGUAUUAUAUGUAGUAAAAUAUUACUUACACAAACUUAACUUCAGUGCCUUUGCUUUAUUUCGUAAAUAAUAGAGCCAAUUAAGCUAUUCAUUAUUUAAUUCCGCAUUAUUUAUGCAUGGUAGAGAUUGUAUGCUAUGUUGCUGGAUGCUAAUAUGCUGCCGUGUAACUUUUCUAUAUGUCGUGAACAUGUACUGAUACAUGUUUUUGGGUUCUUAGAUGUAUAAGCGUUAUCGAAAUGUUAGUAUAAUAUGCUCUAUUCAAUUUAAUGAACUAAAGUAUUUUCUAAACAAGUGUGUUUUAAUAACAAAACUUCCGUGAGACACAAA